AUGACUCACUAUCGUGCCGGCGCGGCCAUGUCUUCCGACACUGGAAACCAUCGCCACGCAUCUUAUCCUGCAUACCUCAGCGCUCAAAUGAGCCACGGCCCCCAGCAUGACGGUCCGACUUCCCAUGGCCAGCAUAUCGGUCACCACUCGGAUGCCAUUGGCGCCGUGGUCAACCAGUUUAGCACACUGGCCCUCCCGGCCGGUCCUGGCAUACCCAGCGCCUCGACCAUGUCACAGAUGCAGGCCCACCAUGCCUACUGUGGCCCUCAAGAGCAAUCUGUUGCCUACCAGGGCUACCAUUCCGUCCCGGUCCACGUUGGCAUGCCGCACGAAGCGGCGUAUUCGUUCGGAGUCUCUGGCCAAUACCCGGUCCAGAGCGGGUUCGCUCCACUGCCCGUUCCAUACCAUGCCAUGCCGUACACACCGGGUCGGGUAGCAUCCUACGCUGACCGCAGCAGCGAGGUUCCUGGCUUGGAUAAUCGCCGUGGUUCGUAUUCCACCACCGAGUCGACUCCUGCGACUCCCUUCUUCGGCAGUGCGUCGGAGCGUGCCAACUCCUCGAGAGUCGCGGUUUUCCGUUCGAGCUACACCACCCCUUCUCCAGAGCAGGUCGUCGCACCCAAGGCCCCUCAGCCCAUUGAUGAAAGCCUCCUGGAGCUGCUCAAACAAAACCCCCCCAUCCCGGAGGCUGUGCCGGCUGUUUUCACCCCACCCAGCCACACCAAGUCGAUAGAGCAGUGCCUAGAGAAUAGGAUUCAUGGAAACCGCAAUGUCUACAUUCGCGGGCUCCAUCCCACCACGGACGACGAGCUCCUGCAUCGAUAUGCGUCUCGCUUCGGUAAGGUCGAGCAGAGCAAGGCCAUCAUCGACACUUCGACUGGCGCUUGCAAAGGGUUUGGCUUUGCCAAGUUUGCCGAUGUUCGUGAUUCCGAGAAGUGCAUCCGCGGCUUUUACCAUCUUGGGUAUGAGGUUGGUUUCGCUCGGGAGAGCUUCAACGCGAGGCUCAAGGCCGAGGGCGACGAGCUGUCUACCAACCUGUACUUGUCCAACCUGCCUAAGCGCCUGAACGAAUCGGAGCUGAAUGCGAUCUUUGCUGGCUAUCAUGUCGUCUCCAGCAAGAUUCUUCGUGACAGCAUGGGCAACAGCCGUGGUGUUGGUUUUGCUCGUUUCGAGACGCGCGAUGAAUGCGAGGACAUCAUUAAGAAGUACCACGGUGCUUCCAUUGGAGAAGAGGGAAUGUUGAUGCAGGUCCGCUAUGCCGAUACACCGGCCCAGAAGGAGCUCAAGCGCAUCACUGCCGAGCGGCGCCAGUUCCGUACCAACGAGUACAACAUUGGUGCUUAUGGCACAGCUGAUGUCGGGAUUCACCCGAGCAUCUACAGCCCUGCCCCUUGGAACCGCCGCCCUGAGCUUGGCACCAACGCUCUCUUCGCACCCCGCGUGCCUUCCAUCCGUACCAACCUGGGAAGCAGCGCGAGCGCUGGCUCUAUGCUGGGCCAGAGCAUGGGACACACCCCCAAGCAGAGCAUCUCGGUGCCCGGAACGGUGUCUUCUGAUGACGGCUUGGGUGGCGAUGGUGCGACUGUUGUCGACUCUCCCACCGCAAACAAGGGCAGCACUCAGUCCUCGCCCACCAUCAAGGCGGAGAAGGCCUAG